AUGUCCAACAUCAGCUCCAUCACCCAGUUCCUCCUCCUGGCAUUUGCAGACACACGGGAGCUGCAGCUCUUGCACUUCUGGCUCUUCCUGGGCAUCUACCUGGCUGCUCUCCUGGGCAAUGGCCUCAUCAUCAUCACCGUCGGCGCCCCCCCCCUCCACCCCCCUAUGUACUUUUUCCUUCUCAACCUCUCCCUCCUUGACCUGGGAUCCAUCUCCACCACUGUCCCAACAUCCAUGGCCAAUUCCCUCUGGGAGACCAGAACCAUUUCCUACCCUGGAUGUGCUGCCCAAGUCUUUCUGCUUUUCUUUUUGAUGUCAGCAGAGGUAUAUCUUCUCACUGUCAUGGCCUAUGACCGCUACGUUGCCAUUUGCAAACCCCUGCACUAUGGGACCCUGCUGGGCAGCAGAACUUGUGUCCACAUGGCAGCAGCUGCCUGGGGCAGUGGCUUUCUCAAUGCUGUCAUGCACACGGCCAAUACUUUUUCCAUAUCCUUCUGCCAUGGCAAUGCCGUGGACCAGUUCUUCUGUGAAAUCCCCCAGAUACUCAAGCUCUCCUGCUCAGAUGCUUAUCUAAGGGAGGUUGGGCUUCUUGUGUUUAGUGUCUGUAUUACAUUUGGGUGUUUUGUUUUUAUUGUGGUGUCCUAUGUGCAGAUCUUCAGGGCUGUGCUGAGGAUCCCCUCUCAGCAGGGACGGCACAAAGCCUUUUCCACGUGCCUCCCUCACCUGGCCGUGGUCUCCCUGUUUAUCAGCACUGGCAUGUUUGCCUACUUGAAGCCCCCUUCCAUCUCCUCCCCAUUCCUGGAUCUGGUGGUGGCAGUUCUGUACAUGGUGGUGCCUCCAGCAGUGAACCCUCUCAUCUACAGCAUGAGGAACAAGGAAAUCAAGGAUGACUUACGGAAUCUGAUCCAAUGGGUGCUGUUUCAUCAUGCUGUAACAGCUUUCUUACAGACAUAA